UACACAGUAAGAAAGAAAGAAAAUAAAGAUGUCUUCCUGAGUCAGUAGCCAAUGUCAUCUGGUUAACGAGAGACAAGCCUAUAGAAGUUUAUUAUUGGUAGUCGUAGUAGACCUAUUUAGUGCCCAAUGGGGAAGGGGAAGGGCGCGGUCGGUUGGCAGCUGAUGCACCAGCAGCCUGUGAAAAAAAAUUAGCUCUAAAUUUACACCGGAUGAGAAGUCAGUAUUUUGCUGCCGCUGUUGCUCACACGUUAUUUGCUAACAUAUUGGAAUUACAGAUCAUAACAAAUGAAGCUGCUCCGCUGAUAUUGCGGACUGUGGUGAUUUUGUGUAAGAAUUGUGCCUCGCAAGGUCGGACACGGAGUAGAAGCGUUUCCUAGGGAAUACGAGUCAUAACUAGAGUAAGGACACUGACUCGAGAUUCUUAAAGGAUACAAUGAGCAUUUGAAAGCGAAGAAGUUUUAUUGUUAUGCAUUGAGAAAAGUGGCUACCCUUUUAAAAUAGAAACAGCUUUUAUUUGCAACAAAAACAUGGCCACUUCCGAGGACAACGAAAUGUACUCAAAGCAGUGGGAAGGAUGUAUGCGGAUUGCAGUUCAAACAGCACAGAAGGCGGGGGAGGUAAUCAGAGACGCUUUUAAACAUGAGAAAGAAGUCUCUACAAAAAGCUCCCCAGUGGACCUGGUCACUGAAACAGACAGACUGGUUGAGGAUCUGAUUAUCUCAUCCCUAAGGGAGAAAUAUCCAUCACACAGGUUUAUUGGUGAGGAAUCAUCUGCUGCUGGUGAAAAAUGUCUUCUAACAGAUAGCCCGACCUGGAUUAUUGAUCCAAUAGAUGGCACGUGUAAUUUUGUACACAGUUUCCCUAUGGUGGCAGUCAGCAUUGGAUUUGCUGUGAACAAAGAGCUUGAAUUUGGUGUCAUUUACCAUUGCCUCGAAGAGAAUUUAUACACUGCUAGAAAGGGCCAUGGGGCAUUUUGCAAUGGCACACAGCUUCAAGUAUCAAAGGAAACAGAUAUGUCCAAGGCCUUGAUUUUAACUGAAAUUGGGGCAAAACGAGACCCCAAUACUCUGAAGAUAUUUGCCGGGAAUAUGGAGAGGCUGCUUAAGGCACAAGUCCAUGGCAUCCGUGUGAUCGGUAGUGCCACCCUGGCUCUGUGCCAGGUGGCGUCAGGAGCAGCGGAUGCUUAUUACCAGUUUGGGCUUCACUGUUGGGACAUCGCAGCAGCAGCGGUCAUAAUCAGAGAAGCUGGUGGCAAUGUGAUCGAUACCUCAGGAGGACCUCUGGACCUUAUGUCUCGCAGGAUUGUUGCAGCAGGCACAGUGGAGAUGGCCCAUUACAUCGCUCAGGAGAUUCAGACCAUAACCUACGAACGAGACGAUCAGAAUGCAAAUUGAAUUUUGUUUCGUAAAAGCAUAAAUACAAAAAGGUCAGGUCCCCACCACCACUAAAAUAUUCCCUCAGAUAUAAAACAAAUAAAGCAAAAUGAGAUGCUAUGAUAGUGCUGUUUUAAAAAUGUAGAAAAUAUGCAACAGUUGCAUUACUGUGAAUUUUUAUAAUCAUUGCAGACAGGUCCACUGCCUGCUGCUGGUGAAGUUUCAAGCAGCGCAAGAAACUUUUUGUGGUUUUAAAAACAAAAACAAAAAAAAACACUAACGAUUGACUGGUUACUAAUGCUCCUCCUACAAUCACAGACUUUAUAUUUUAGACUUGCACAGAAUUCAGACUAUGCAGGACUUCUGUUUCUGGUCAGUAUGAAUCUGGCAAAGUGGUGUUUUAAUAACUUAAUAGUAAUAUUUAGAGGAAUUUAUCAUUUCAUUGGUUAAAUUAUCAAAAUUUCACCAAAUUGCUGUACAUUUAACAAUACCCACUUAAGGUGCCUCUGAUGUGCUUUUUGUGUUGUAUAGUGUACAGGGGGUUUCGAAUGGAUAACAAACACCGUACACUUUAGUGAAAACAUACUAUAAAACACGCCAAGGUUGUACAUUAAUAAAUACAGGAUAACAAUGAUCCAUCAUUUGCUUUUUAUAGUUUUAUUUCUUUGUGUUUUUAUGAAAUUAUUUUUUGUAUAAAUGUAGGUGCAAAUUGAAUGUGAUAAAAAUGAGUAUACCUUAACAGUUAUCAAUCAAGAAACAUAAGGAGUAACCAAACGGUGUUCACAUAUACAUGUUAAUCCAUACCCAAUGUAUGUAUGGUCUAGCUGCAUUGGAAUUGAAUUGUUAAGGUUAGGGCUAUGAAUCCCUUCCUAUUUUUACUGUCCAAGUUAAAUAUUGUUGGUAACCUUGGAAGCUGCAAAGUAACGCAAGGAAGGAUGCGAAUAAAUAAAAUGAUCAAUUGUUAAUUUCACAAGGACGUUUUUUGUUUUCACCAAUAUUUAGGACACAUCAAGCAACAAUAUUGUACUGUAGAAGUCACAUUGUGUUCUCUAUCGCAUGAAGUCAAUUGAAAUUGUUUGUACUGGAACCUCGCUGUCCUGCCAUAUCACGACGCAUGCCCAUUAGUGUUCACAAAGAAAGUGUGCCUUAAUAAAAAGUUGGAUUAAAAUGUACUGUUGUAUAACGAAGACCAUUUAUAUGUAUUCUAUAACCCUGCUUAUUGAGUACCAGGAACAGGAAACUUUGCAGUAUUAGUGGGUGUAGUUUUCAUCAAUAAAAAGCACAUCAGCCUAAAAA